AUGUCAUUUUCUAAUGGUGAUUUUCAACCAAAUGAUAUUAAAACGGAUUUCAUUGAUGAAUAUGUAACUACCACAACAAGUAGAGAUAAUAUUGUAUCUGAUAUUCCUACUGAAAAUAAUUAUUAUCAGGAUAAUAGUCAAAGAUAUCAGCCGCUUCCAUCUAUUUCUGACUUUUACCAUUCUACUUAUGGUAAUUGGAAUAAUUUUAACACAGAAAAUAAUAUUUAUCCUUAUUCUUCAUCUUAUUUACAAAAUAAUGAAUAUUCUGUAUAUUCUUCAACACCCUCUUACAGUACAAAUAAUCAAGUGUAUGAUAUUGAUAGGCAACCAUACAACUAUUCAAAUAUUCCUUCUAAUAAGUGUACUACAAAUGUAUUAUAUCAAGGACCAAAAUCUAAUGAAAAUUUAGUCCAAAAACCAUUUCUAGUUGAAAAUUUACCCUCAAAUUCUUCUUUUUAUCAACCAAUUUCUUAUGGAUCCGAUUCAACAGGAACAGAAAAAUCAUAUAGUGAAGGAAGAGGUGAUGUUAAACUUGUUAAAAAAAGAACUAAAAAAGAUAAAAGUGAAGAGAAAUCACCAGAUGGUAAAAAAGAUUACAAAAGAACUGCAAAUAAUAUACGAGAACGUAUCCGUGUUCAUGACAUAAAUGCUGCUUUUUCUGAUUUAGCAAAAAUAUGUUCUGAUUACAUUAAAGAUAAGGAAGAAAAACAUACAAAAUUAACAAUUCUCCAGCAAGCUGUCGAAGUCAUAAAAGUAUUAGAAACUGAAGUUGAAAAAAAAAAGACUCAUUAA